AUGAACACAUGCGAAUUCACAGAUACAAAAUUUGAUACGAAGACUACCCGCGCCAAUUUUAUCUUCUCUCAAGAAAACGAUAAAGAACCAAAAUAUGUAUAUCGCUUAGAUGCAGAGAAUUUCGAGAUCAGGAACAGUGAUAAUAGCAAUUAUUUCCAGUUGAAUUGUACAAAUGUAGACGAAAAGGUGAACUUUCAACAUGCGAAUCAUUUCUACUUGAAUGAAAGGCUAUAUGUUUUUAUCGCUGCCAAGUCAAUUGAUGGGCUGAACUCUGUUAUAUAUCUUGUUGACACCUCAAAAAAGCCAGCUGUUCAACAACUCGUAUUUAAUAGACAAAUCAAAGGGAUUGUAACUAACAUUUUCGUAUCAAAUGCUCUCAAGAACGACCAGAAAGAAGAUUACUAUAUUGUUACGAUUGGCACCCUAGAUUCUGCUGUUUAUGUGUUUAGAACAACCGCUGAAAUGACCCUUGAAAAGCAAGCCUUGACAUGUGCAUUGUUGAGAACUGAUGCAAGAAAUGCAAUAACUCAGCAACUGAUCGUUCUUGAUACUCAGUCCAAAUCACCAGCAGAUGUUUACAUUUUGUGUGGAGGAUCAAAUGGCAUCAUUGACAUAUUCCUCAUGAAAGGUGACAGCAAGAUUGAAAAUGAGCCUGAAGUCGAGUUCAGAAGGCAUCACCUGUUAAAACUACCGUCAAACCUGCCUAUUGUAUCGAUGCAAUGCCACAAAUUCACUGAUCAAGAAGUUUUGUUAGCCAUCAGCCAAGAACUGUAUAACCCAACUCGAAUCAGUCGAUCUAUCGAACCUUCUGUAUCCGUUGUUAAGUUCAAUACACACAAACUGAUGGGAAAGGACGUUCGUUCAAUGACGUUCAAAAGUGGAACACACAUAAUCCGCAAAGAAACCAUGAUAAAAGAGCCCUUUUAUGUAUGGACUUGCUAUGCGGAUAAAGAUGGUGGCCAAUUUAUGCUGACUCAAUAUGAAUUUGACACGAAAAAAUUUGAAUUUGGCGAUAGAACAAACACAUUUCUACCGCAAGCAAAAGGAAAGGCUCUAGACAUUCAGCAAGUGGCCGUUUUUGAUAAAGAUUCAUGCCUCGUCCUUGGUAAAGAAGCCUUGCAAAAGCUGAAAUCAGCAAACCCGCAGCUCAGAAAACGCAAAAGGCAACUUUCGACAUGA